UGGGAACAUAUAUAUGGGUGGAUUGGCUGUCUGUCUGACUUGCUCAUGGCUGUGAUUUGUGGCGGCUUGGCCUGGUCGAUGUAUGUGCAGCUGACUUCCCCUCUCUCUGUCUCUGUCUCUGUCUGCAAAGGGGUCACAUUUCGUGUUUGGGGGGGCAUGUCCGGCCCUUCGUCGGCUCGCCAAGGCCCCCUCCUGCACACGAAGUGCAACCCUCUUCUGUCUGCCUGUGGAUUACUUCAUGGCGUGUGGCCGUGCGAUUGUCUGUCCGCUGUGUGUGUGUGUGUGUGUGCCCCAUAGUGCAAUGGGGGAAGGGGCAGCAAGAAAUCACACAAAGGGACACGCCGGUAAGUGUAAAUAACAAGUAUCUGAAGGCAAACAAAGGCGAACAUGUCCAAGCAGCACACAGCAGUCGCUAGCGCUGCUCGCAACCCACACAAUCUUUACCGCAUGGAUAUAUAUGUCUCGGCAUCACACCCAAGAAAAACAAAGGGCAAGUGACCACCGGCGAGGCAGCUCAACCCCCCUCCCUCCUCUCCUCGCUGCUGUCAAAAACGACACAGCAGAGGGACGGACGGAUUGGUGGAGCGAACAAAUGACCGAAUCCAUCGGAUGAAUCAAUCGGUCGCACGAAUGUGGCGCCGGUGGUGCGUUCGUCGCGCGCACACGAUACACACCCACACCAAUAGCAGACAAACCAUCACAAGACACGUGUACCCUCGCGCCUUGCGCUCUCAGUGUGUGUGUACUGUGUCGAUCCAUGGAUGGAUGGAUGGAUGGAGCAGGUGGAGCAUAUGGCGGGCCAUCCACCCACCCAUCCAUCCAGCUAUCAGCCAGCCAAGUGACAAACCAACGGCAGGGACCACGGCCUAGCUAAGCUACGUAUAUACCCUCCUCCCUCCCUCCCUCCCUCCCUCCCACACAGUGUCCAUCGCUUUGGUGCCAGCCAAGCAGCAGCACACUUUGGCAAAAUUCCCCCUGACCACAGCUAUAAAGGGUGAAUUAAGUGGGUGGCCUUUCGGCGCCUGCCUCCCGGAACACACACACAGACACGCACACACCCACAGCAGCCAAGUCUCUCUGAGACGCGCCGUGCCCCUCCCCUCCACACGCACAUCCGCACACACGAGGCCGCACAUUCCAUCUUCCGCCCGCCCCCCACUUUGUGGCCGACCCACGCACACACACGCAUCACAUUACACCGUACAAAGGUAGAAAAGGCCACUCACUCUGUCCACAUGCAGCACCACAACAUGCGAGGCUCCACAAAACUGCUGUCUCCCCCCUCGAGGGUGGGCCCGCAGACUCCUUCUCUCGCGCUGUCCUUCGGUGGGUCAGCCGGCCGGCUGGCCGGGCAGAUGGACGCCUCAAAAAAUGGCGACCCUCCCACCCAUCAGGCAAUCCAUCCAUCCAUCCAUCCAUCGCAGGCAGUGGGCCUGCCCGGAGAUAGUAGGAAGUAGAGAAUACACGCACGCACACGAACAUGCAGAGUCAAAAUUGCGUCCUCAGCGAGGGUGAUGUCUGUCUGUCUGUCUGUCUGUGUCUCCCCCUCCUUUGCGAGAACUUGUGGACGGGCGUGUUGUGUUGUGUGUGUCAUGCACGUGUCAUCGAUGUCCGUCGCUUUGGUAGGCAGGGCUUGCAAGGAACCGCUGGCUGCCACACGACGGAAAAAGGUGGAAGAAAAAAGCACUCUAUUCGCCCAUUUGCUCGAAUGACGCGUUUGUCCAAAUUGUCAGGGCCCGCACGUACGUCUGUCUGCCUGCGUCUGUGUGUGUGUGUGUGUGUGUGAGUGGAUUACAUGAUGUGUGGCAACAGAAUUGACGAAAGGUAAAAGGUGCAGGCAAGGCAAGGCAAGGCAACGCCGCUCUCUUUGGGCACAUGAACGAAGGACACGCAAACACACACACAAACAGGCAGACAGGCAGACAGACACCACACGAGCGAAAAGGCCGUGCCACUGAGUUGUGAGAGAGAAAGAAAGCACGACUAUGCGACACCACACCACACCACACACCGGACACCACACGCACAGGGGAGGGGGGAGGGGGGUGCAUGUGCACAGGGACGCACGGAUACACUCAUCCAUCCAUCCAUCCAGAUGUCAUCAUGGCACAUGCACCAUACCGACGAAUGACAGCGAUGUCCUACAGCCAUAGAAAUGAUCUCUCCUACCCGACCAGGCAGCCUGCCUGGUGAACCUCGCUCCGCUCUCUGCCCUCCGCUCUAUGCUGUCGUACGUGAGAGGCCAAUUAAGGGAGUCAGGACUGACCGAUGUGCGUGGCCGACGUGCCUUCGAGUGAGCGCACGUGAGCCACCUACCAUCCGGGCGCUUCUCUUGGACGGCAUUACAUGUCUCUCCUCAAAUGGACGUGUGUGUGUACGCUGCAUCGACGAGCAAGCAGCAAGCAGGCCAAAAGCCGCCCCUCCCUCCCUCCCUCCCUCCCUCCGUCCCUGGUCUUCUCUUGUCUCCUCCUUCGACAUGAAACCGACAUGAAACGGACGAACGGCCUUCACGACACAGACAGCACCAUAUGAGACACGAUGAACGACACGAACGACACACGAGUGAGGGGAUUGGUCUGUGUUACUGUGUGCCGCGAGGGGCGUAUGAAGCAAAAAUGUGAUGUGUGUGUGUCCGUGUGAGAGCAGAAAUACGGCUUAAGGACUAGAGAGAGAGGAUUGAAAACUCGCGAUAAACCAAAAGCCCUCUCCCCCCGGACCCCCCUCCUCCCAACCCCCCGCCGCAUCAUUGAUGCCAUUUCAGACAUAAGCGGCUGGCCCUACACACGCAACACGAACACACGCACACACGCACACACAUGAAGCCGCACCCAUGAAGCCGCACAUUCCAUUCGUGUGUAAGUAUCAUUCAGCAGCACGACACGAAGGAGCAGCACACACAAAGCUGACUGACACGCACACCGACACAGAGAGAGACAGGAAACAGACAUGCAACUUAGCCGUGUGGGUGGCGGUAUAUGGUCUGUCUUUUCACGCCUUUCUUUCUCUCGCUGCUAUCUAUCGUUUGUUGAAGAGCUUCUGCGCGGCAUUGAUGAGGUCCGACACGACCUGCUGGUCCGCGAGGGUCGAGACGUCCCCGAGGGAGCCCGUGUCGUUGGAGGCGAUCUUGCGCAGCAGCCGGCGCAUGAUCUUGCCGCUGCGGGUCUUGGGCAGGGCUGGCACGAUCAAACUGACACACAACACACACACACACACAGAGAGACAGAGAGAGAGAGAGAGAGGGGCGAAGGGAGAGAGAGAGUGUGCCUUAGGGAGAGGGAGGGGGGGAGGUCAGUUUGCGCACAUGUGGUCAGGCGUGGCGAUGGGUCCGAUCUCUUUGCGCACAAUGUCCCGCAGCUCAUUCACCGUCCCCUCGUUGACCUCAUACUCAUUCUGACACACACAACACAACACAACACAACACCACACGACACCAUCACAUCACACAGACCAACACACCACAUCAGGCUCUCCCUCCCUCCCCUCAGCGUACAUACGCACGUUCAUGGUGACAUAGCAGAAGAGCCCAGCGCCCUUGACACUGUGCGGGAAGCCCACCACCGCCGCCUCAGCGCAUCCGGGAUGCUGCACCAGUGCGUGCUCGAUCUCGGCGCUGCCCAGGCGGUGUCCGCUGACAUUGAUGGUGUCGUCCACUCGGCCGGUGAUCCAGUAGUAGCCGUCUUUGUCGCGGACCGCGCCGUCCCCCGUGUGGUAGAAACCCUUGUACGGCCGGAGGUAGACGUUGAGCAGCCUCUCGUGGUCACCAUACACCGUCCGCAUCAUCCCUACACACACACAGACACACACAGACACACACACAGACACAGACACCUGGGUGUGGUGUGUUGCCGUGGGGAGGGGGGGGAGGGACCUGGCCAUGGUUUCUUGAUGCAGAGGACGCCGGAAACGUCGUCGCCCUCCAGUGGCUGGCCGGUCUUGCUGUCGAGUACGACGGGCUCGACCCCGAAGAAGGGCCGCGUGGCGCUGCCGGGCUUGCACCGGAUGGCCCCGGGGAGGGGGGUCAGCAGGUGCCCACCUGAGGGAAGGAGUGGAUGACGGAGAGAGAGGGAGAGGGAGAGGGAGAGGAAAUGGUGAAUGCAUCUGUGUGUAUGUGUGUAUGUGUCUGUCUGUUGGUGCGGCCUGAGUGUUCAAAUGACUGACCGGUCUCUGUCUGCCAGUAUGUGUCGACAAUGUCGCAUCGCUUCCGCCCAACCACCUCAUAGUACCUGCACGACAACAUAUGCCCCCAGAAAACAAAACGAUAAACAGAGAGACCCACAUACACGCCCCGCCCAUGUCAAUCAAGGCCUCUCAUCCAUCCAUCCCUCCAUCCAUCGAUUUGUCGGUACCUACCACCGCCAUGCCUCCGGGUUGAUGGGUUCCCCCACAGUGCCGAGCACACGGAGCGAGGAGAGGUCGUGUUUGGACACCCACUCGUCGCCAUGCACCAUCAGCGCCCGGAUGGCCGUGGGGGCCGUGUAGAACUGGCUGAUCCCGUGCUUCUCAAUCAUGUGCCUGUCUCUCACACACACGGAUGCAUGGAUGGAUGGACAACGAUGGCAGAAAACCAGGCCAUUGUCCCACAGAAACACACGCACACCCUACCAGUAUCGCGCCGGAUCAGGGUAGGUUGGCACCGACUCGAAGAGCACGGUUGUGGCGCCGUUGCAGAGAGGCCCGUAGACGACGUACGAGUGGCCGGUGAUCCAGCCGACGUCGGCCACACACGCGUGCACGUCGCCCGGGUGGUAGUCGAACACUGAAUGGAAUCAAUGGAUGCACCGAAUGACACACAAAUCAAGGUGACAAGCACAGAGCGGCAAGGAUGCUGGCUGACCGUAUUUGUGUGUCAUGGCUGCGUAGAGGAGGUAGCCGGCACUGGAGUGGGCGAUGCCCUGACAAACAGACAGAGGGAGGGAGGGAGGGAGGGAGGAAUGGGUGCAUGUGUCGCCCGUGUCUUGUGACAGACACCCGGGCGUCGUACCUUCGGCUUGCCCGUCGACCCAGAAGUGUACAGCUGACGAUGAACGAGCCACACACACACACACACACACACAAUCCCUCACCUGCACAGGUGCGCCUGCGUGUGGAUGGCUGACGGUGUGGCUGGCUGGCUGACCAUGAAGAGGAGGUCUUCGUUGUCCAUUGGCUCCAAAGGGCAGUAGGGGCGCAUUGCCUCCUGGUGGCCAUGAUGGUAUCAUCACGCACACACACACACACACACACGCACAGCACAUGGAUGGAUGGACAGCACACGCCCGCGUUGAUGGAUUGCUGAGCCACUGACUGACUGACUGACCGACUGACCAUCAUUUCAUGCCCUCACACGUCACGCCCCUCAGUCCAGUCGAUGUCGUGACCUGCACUCACCAGAACCACACAUACACACACACAUACACACACACAUCCAGAGGCCCAAGACAGAUAAGUGUGAGCACCCCCAUCCCCCCUGUGUGUGUGUGUGUGUUCAUGUGCGUGCGCACCCCACCCUGGUGCUUGAAGACGAUGCACUUCUCCACCAGAGGGCACUCCUUGAGCGCCUCGUCCAUCACGCUCUUCAGAGGAAUCACCUUGCCGCCACGGACGCCCUGGUCUGCCGUGAUCACCUGCACACACACACACACGACCAGACACGCUUGCGUCAUCUGGCUCCCCGCGUCCUUCUCUCUGCCUCCCUCCCCUCCUUCGCUGACCACUUUGCAGUGAGCGUCGUCGAGUCGAUCUCUCAGGGAAUGCGAAGAGAACCCCGCGAAGACCACACUGUGUAUGGCGCCCAGCCUGGCGCAGGCCAGCAUGGCGUAGACGGUCUCGGGAAUCAUCGGCAUGUAGAUCCCCACUGUGUCGUGCUUCCGGACACCUGCGCACACACUCACAGGGAGGCGUGGAUGGACGGGUGGAUGGCCUUGUGUGUGUGUGGAGACGGGGGGGGGGGGUACCAAGUCGUUUGAGCAUAUUGGCGAACUUGCAGACUUGUGUGUGGAGGUCCCUGUAGGUGAUCCUCUUACUGUGAGACGGAUCGUCGCCCUCCCUGGUUGAUGUGAUGCAUCCACGAUGGAUCCACACACUCUCAAAUACGCCCCAUAGGGAUGUGUGUGUUGAGUCGUGUGCUGGGCUGACCAGAUGAGUGCGAUCCGGUCGGGUGUUUCCUCCGCCCAGCGAUCCACGCAGUUCUCGCAGACCUACAGGAGCCAAUUGCAGACACACACACACAGACUGCCUGCCUGCCUGCCUGCCUGCCUGCCACCAUUAUAUAUUCCACAAGCUCACUCACAUUGAGUUUGCCGUUGAGGAACCAGCUGACGUGUCCAUCGGGGUGCAU